AUGGCGGGCGCGGGGCCGCCGCCGCUGCUGCUCCUCCUGCCGCUGCUGCUGGCCCGGCCGCCCGCCGCCGCUGCCCUGCGGCUGCUGCUGGACGCCGCGCCGCCUUUCACCUGCUCGCAGCCGGAUUUAAACUGUCUCGUAAGAAAUAGCACUUGCAUGGAGUCAAGUUGGCUGAAUGUUGCUGCUUGGACUCCCUCUGCUCCAAGCAGUCUCCACGUUUCUUCUGAUGUUUUCCGUAAGGAGGAUGGAAAACUGGUCCCUGUGCUUCAGAUAGAGUGGAAAGUGGCCACGGAUGCCAGCAUCCGCUGUCUGGAAGGGGCAGAGCUCGCCGUCAUGCAGGUCAGCAGCAAUCAGCAGAUCUGUGCCCAGUUUGACUUCCAGAACAAUUUGCCUCUUCAGGUCCGUCCGGAUGGAGGCCGGUGGAAUUUCACUUUUGACCGUUUUGAAGUAGAACCUGGCCAGACUUACCAAGUGACUGUGUAUCACCUGCCCAAACUGGGCAUAAAUGGAGACUACAAUUGCAAGUCCACUUCUCUUACAAUGCCUGAUUGCAGGGAUUCUCUGAUGAAAAGAACCAUCCCAUGUAUAAAGACAGGCAGCUUGUGGGAACCCAGGAUCCAGGGUAAAAGUCUAGAUGAUGCAACGCUGCUCGUGAGCUUCCACCCAUGGAUGGAGCCAGCCCGGUACCAAAUCCAUGUGUCCAGUUACCUGAAUGAGAAGAGAUGUAAAAUGACCACCCAUGAUUUCACUGAGGAUGGACUACAACAGCGAGUGAAUGUCACAAUCAAAAUAGAGAAGAACAUAAAAGCUUGCUGUAGCUACCAAGUCCAGAUUCAGCCAUUCUUUGCAAACUGUGGCACAGACUGUCUGAGACACUCUGCUUUCAUCCCAUGUGAACCACUUCCAAGUACAGAACCAUCGGAUGAUAUGAUGAUAUGGCUCUACUGGUGUAUCACUGGGAUCUCUGUGUUACUGGUGGGGUCAGUCAUAACAGUUGUGCUGUGCAUGACUAAAAAACGAGCAGAGCGCCGGCGAAGGAAAUGCAAUCACGACAGUUUGCAAGCUGCACCGCACACCGAGCUGUCCCUGCCGCCCUUGAAGCUGCGGAAGGUUUGGAUUGUGUACUCUGCUGAUCACCUGCUCUACGUGGAUGUGGUGAUGAAGUUUGCUGAGUUCCUGAUGACAGUCUGUGGCACUGCUGUGGCCUUGGAUCUGCUGGAAGACCACCAAAUCUCGGAGCUGGGGCCCUUACCCUGGCUCACACGGCAGAAGAAGGAAAUGGAAGAGCUGUCUUCAAAGAUCAUCAUCUUGUGUUCUCGGGGCACCCAGGCCAAAUGGCAGGCCAUGCUCGGGAGUGAGCCUGUGUGUCUCAAGCAAGAUCAGCAGAAGCCAGUGGGAGACCUGUUCACCCCAGCCUUGAAUCUGAUCCUGCCAGAUUUCAAGAAGCCAGCCUGUUUUGGAAUGUACAUAGUUUGCUACUUUGAGGGAAUAAGUAGUGAAAGAGAUAUACCCGAUCUGUUCAAUGUCACAUCCAGAUACCAACUGAUGGACAAGUUUGAGGAUAUUUAUUUUCGGAUUCAGGAUCUAGAGAAGUUUGAACCUGGGCGGAUCCAUCGAAUCCAGGAAAUAACAGCUGAAAAUUACAUCGAUACCCCCAGUGGGAGGAAGUUGAAAGAGGCCAUAGAGACGUUCAAGAACUGGCAGACUGAGCACCCAGACUGGUUUGAGAAUGAAACCAUCUGCUUGGAUAGUGAUGAAGAGUUGCAUUCCCUGAACAGAGAGAGCCAGGUGGAUUCACUGCUGAGUGAGCCAGGUGGAAUUGUGAAACACCAGCUGCACCUACAUGAGCCUGACCCCGGCUGCUGUUACACCAUCAACCUCCACAUGCAUGAAGGUGAAAGUGCAGGCUGCAAGCUGCAGCCUCAGCUUAAUCCAUGUGGGGAUCCAAAUUCCCAGACUGUGGUCCUUCCUCUGGAUGUUCCUCCAGUUCAGGUAGUGGAGCCAGUCUCUUCCAUAGAAGAUAAAAAUAUACUCAGUUACCAUGUGCUGAGUAAUGAAGACUGUAUGGAAGGAGUUCCUCUUCUGGAGACAAGCUUUCCAAUGAGGAAUAACGUCAUCCUCCACGAUGGCUCUGAAGCUUCAGUAGCUGACCAGAGUCCUGCGAACUUGUCAGAUGUCCUGAGUGACCAUCUGAAUGGACUCAUGUACCCUCUUUACCAACAGAGUGUCAUUCCUUCAGAGCCUUAUCUCUGUCAGGGGGAGGCUGACGAGCAGAACCAGCUGGUCUUUGUUGACCCAUGCAAAGACCAAAGACAGUCAGUGCAGUCAGACCAGGGCUACAUCUCCAGAUGCUCCCCUCUGCCUCCUGAGGACCUUCUAGAGGAGGAGGAGGAAGAGGAGGAGGAGGAUCAGGAGCAACAGGGGGGCUUCCAUGAACUCUCUCCAGAGGUUUUGAACAGCCUAAAGAGCCUCCAGAAGCAGCUGUUUUUCCAGGACAUUCAGAGGUGCUCUAGCUGGAGCUAUCCAGCAGAGGUGAUGGACAUUGACCAAUCUUUGGAGGACUGUUAGGCUCUGCCUGGGACCUGCUCUGUUUGAAAUACAGGGAUGGAAGGUGGUCCCAUGCAGAGUAGUACUGAGGCUGCAUUUCCAGCACUGUCCUUGUAUUGUAAAUGGCUUAGUGCUGGGACCUUCCUGUGUGCUGCUGGGAUGUAGCACUGCCCAGCAGACGUGGAGUGUUGCUUCCAGUCUCUGUGGAGAGAAGCCACGAGUGUUGGCCACCCCUGUGAAAGAACAGGCAGUGGUUCUGUUCCUUGGGGAAAAGCAUUACACUGACUUCUCACUGAUGGAUGGCAGAAAAAUUACUGUGGCUCAUCCACUCGUGCCUUCAAAAUGCCCUCCAGCUGUACUGAUUCCAUUGCACUGGAUAAAAAGUCACAGGCAUGGUUUAGAUAACGUGGUGACAGUUGCCAUUUUAAUGCACAUUUUAAACAUUUCCUUGUAAAUACUGUAUUAAAGAUGUGUGCCUUAAAUUUCAUCUAUA